GCUUGCUUUCCGCCAACUCAACGAAUUGCUACGCAUGGCGGACGGUGGAGAAUAUGUGGAAACCUCGGACCCAGAAGAAGGAGGCGAUCCCAGUCUUCGUGCCCAAAUAGCUGGUAUCAAGCGCACUUUACCGAGUUUAGAUCGUCGGCCAACUAAACGGCGAAAGGUGCAACGAGGGCUCUCUGAACCGCCUCUCGAAGACCCGGGCACACCAUGGCAGUCAGCGGCAAACGCAUGGUUCUCCUCACCAGCAGCGAAACAUGCUCCUGCGCGCUUUACACCUCCAAGCCCUGCGAAGAGAGCGACAUCCUCCAGGAGUGGAUCUCCCUCUGAUCUCAGUCGAACCCAGCCCUCUCAAUCGUCACCGCGGCCCGAAUCCCUCCCACCACUCCCUCCCCCGACAAGUUCACAGCCAGGACGCCGGUCAACACCGUCGGCACCGUCAUCCCCUCUCGUGACUCCACGACACUCAAGACACCGUACCCCCGACCUCGCAACGAACUCGCCGGAUCCGUUGAACCUAUUCAGCUCCCCUAUGCAGACCACUGAACCGCACGCGGGGCACGAUAUGGACCUCGACACCAACGGGAAGCCGGAUGAGACUGGUACUCCAACUAUGCCUCUGUUCACGCCAUUGCCGACGCAAUCUCCGUUGACCUCCCCCCUAUCAUCGCCUGCGCGCUCUCAUCGCUCGGCGUCCCCUCAUCGCACUCAUGACCCUCCCAACCAGGAGGCCGAGCCGCCUGAAGCCUUCGACGAUACCCUUGCCGAUAUUGGCAACCAAAUCGACGAGCCGACCAGGGGCCGCUAUUCCCUGCGGAAGCGCAACGCGGCUAACAUGAAUCCCUACACGCUAGACCAGAAGAAAUACGCCUACAUGAUGCGCAAUAAUCCCGAGGCGAUUGUCAAGCUGCGUAAUUUCGCCAGGCGGCAUGGGUUUGCGGCCGAAGGAAACGACGAGGAGGAAUCUCAAGAGUUCAUUCCAGAGGAACCACAUCGACGACGUCGAAGUAUAGAUGCCCGCUCGCGGUCCAGAGAUAAAGAGUUAUCGCCUGGUGAAGCAGAUCUUUUGGACGAGUUCGACGUAGAUCUACCUCGCCGCAACGAGUUCCUCAAGGAGUUUCAGCGAAUGGAAAGGGAGAGAAAGCGCCACGAGCGAGAGGAGAAGAAGAAGGCCAAAGAGGCGGAGAAGGCUCGCAGGGAGGAAGAAAAGGCAAGAAGAGACGAAGAACGCCGGCGUAAGGAGCUGGCAGCGGACGAACGGCGCCGUCGUCAAUUACGCGUGACUAAUGGGCAUCGAGAGGAGGCCCGUGGGAGGACCUCACGUUCGCCAACACCAGGCCCAUCGCGACAACAAAAUCCAGUGUCCCCAGAUCGCGUUAUGCGCUCCCCAUCGCCCGAGACACGACCCUGGGAUGUGUCACCGCGCCCACUCUCACCUGUUGAUUCGCCUCCCCGCGUCCCGUCUCCAUCGCCCCCAGCGUCUAGUCGCGCGAACUCACCUCUCGGGGUCGAAGAGUCCGACGAUGAUCGCGCCGCCGACGACGCUAACGAAGGUUCUGACGAAGAUGACGCCGGUUCUGCGGACCCUAUUGAGGUGGUCGAUCCCAAGGGGCGCAAGAACCUGAAGGCCCUGCGCCGCGUGUUACCGAAGUUCAUGUGGUCGAAGGCCUUGAAGAAAGCUCCUCCGAAGCCACGACAACAGCGAAGCCAGACGCGAGCUACUACUGCCGACGCCUCCGACGACGAUCGUGGCGUUCCUCUGCAGCCGGGCCAGUCGAGGGUCCGGAUCGCGGCACGACCACGAGACGUGCGCGACAUCAAGGGCGACCCAGAGAGCUCUGACUCCGAGCGCUCUGUACGAUCGUUCGACAGUGGAGGCUCUCAGGCUAUCGAGGUCCGACCCGCUCGCCCCAGAUACAAACCCAUCGACAUCUCGGAUGACGACGCUAGUGUCAAAGACGAAGUCGACGUCCUCGACCUAACGGGCGACCCGACCACGGAAGAGGAAGAAUUCGAGGAAGUCGACGACGACGACCUCCGCGGCUACUUCCACGCCGGCGAACGCCCCAAGCGGGAGUUCAGCAUCGUGGACUUCAUGCUGGACCGGACGCGCAGGCUGGUGUCUGGCAAGGCGAAGCAGCCGAAGAAGGCAUCGGGCAGUAACCACCGCACGCAUAAGCGCUCAAAGGGUGGCGCCACUCAUCGCGGUCUACACCGCAGCUCGUCUGGACGCAUGUCGUCGCCGCACGGCGAUGACGCUGGUCCUGCACCUCGACAUCGUCCGAGCGGAAAGCGCGCUGGUGGCCAUCGCUCGCAUGCAUCCAAGCCUCGCAAAGACCAAGGCGAAGUCAUCGACGUAGAGCACGACCCGCAAGCGGACGACUGGUGGCAGAAGCGCAAGGAGAAGCGCAAGCUGGCGAAGGAGCGGAAGCGACUGCGCGGUCUGCAUGUCUUCACCGCGGGUGGCGGUCUUGCGUCGGGCUUCGGCAGCCGCAAAUACGUGACGGUCGACUUCGAGGACGAGACGGUGUACCAAGCGCUGCAUUUCGAGCAGGCGCCGCCGUCUCCUCCAAGCCAACCUCGACCCGGCUCCUCUCAGCAUGCUCACCGACUUCCUUUAUCCCGCACCCAGUCGGCUCGGUCUCUCCUGGCUCCCGACAUUCUUGAUACCGCUCACGACGAAGACGAAGACGAGGAGGAGGAGGAGGAGGAUGAGAAGCUGAAGUUCGCGGACAAGAUGCUACAGCACGAGAUACCUCUGCUGCCCUCCGGACUGGCCUUCGACAACGCGACGUACAUCGGGCACGGCAGGCUUCGCGCGGUGCUGGCGGCGCUCGCAGGAAAAGACGCCGACAAGCCCAUGCCUUGGAGUGAUCACGGUGUCAAGUUCUCCUCAUCGGAUGCCUUCGCGACCUUCAUCAUUCAGUUUGGCCAGCUCUGCGACCAGCUCCUCGAACUCGCCACUGGAUUGCCGGAGGAUGAUAGCGCGAAGCAGGCGGAGGAGUGGUCUGCGACUAUGAAGGCUGCGAGCGAGCAUGCGACGUGGUACCUGCGGUCUGCGCCGCCUGACGAGCUCUCGCUGCGCUUUUCCGCUGUGAAGGAUAUCAUCGUUCGGCUUGUUGGCGGCCUUCGUUCGGCGGACCUUACGGCAGACGCUGUGGACAGUUGUACAUUCGCCGUUGCUCUGUUUGCUGUAGACGUGUCCGCGCGAAUAUCUGUCCUCAGCUCCGAUGUGACAGCUCUCACCGACGCCGCUAGAACGCUGCUCGACUUCCUCAUGCGGUUCGGCCUGCCCGCUGUCCUCGACGACUUGCGGGCCAUAUGCGAGGAGGACCCAUUGCCCUCCAUUCUGACAUCGACAACCACACGCUGGGCUGCGCAGGCGUGGGUAUGCCUCAUCCAUAUUCUCCAUGCACCACUGCCUGAGCGCGAUGGCGACGACUCUCGGCCCUCUCUUUGGUCCUUGGUGGAGCCUAUACUGAAAGCCGACGAGACUGGCCAUGUCAAAAAGGCCGAGCACAUCUGGAGGACGGUGUUCAGCGUAUGUGCGCUGUCACAGUUCAAUCAGCACGGCUUCACGACCGCCGAGUUCCACUUGCCCGCCGCUUGGAGUGUCGUCGACUUUGCGAUGAGCCUGACCCGUCUUGAAGUGGACCCCGCGACCCGACCUUCGACUUCGUACACAGAGCGCAGGUUGAUGGAAGUCUACGCAGGGAUCGUGGUGUUCCGAUGCUACCAACUAUGGAGGCGCUGUGGCUGGAGUCCUGGCGAGGAGGCGUCUCAUCCUGUGAUGAGGAGGCUCGCGGCGAUCUUCAAGUCGAGGCAUUACGCAGAUCUACGCACGGAGAAGCAUAGCGACUACCCUGCUUUCAUUCGCGAGGGGCGCCUAUCUGACCUGGCGAAACCUCUCGAUCGCGUUGAGAAGGAGUCGGCCUUCACCUUGUUCUUGCGUCUGGUGGCGGCUACCAUCCAGAAAGGCAUGGACCCCGGGCGGAGUGUUCCUAUGAAGAUCUUCAGAGCCAGGCAACUGCUUAGCGUUUGGGGACCACUCUCGAAGGUCGACCUGGAAACCCUAAGGACUCCCAGCAAGAAUCAGUUGUCCACGCUGUUUAACCGUAUCAGCUUCGCGAUACUCGCCAUAUACCUGGACCCAGCUUCUUGUGAUAGACGCAUCGACCAGGCCCUCCAGUCCGUCGAGUUUAACAAGGCUUCAGCGACCACGAGAAUAAGCUUGAUGCGCGGACUGCAGUACAUGGCAGUGGCCGUACUGUACUACGGGCCCCCAGGUAGCUUGGACCGGAUCCUCGGCUGGUUCGAUACGCAGUUGAAGACCGUUCUUGCGGAGUACAAGUCGGACGCAACUAACGACGACAAGGACAACAUCAUGCUUUGCGGUCUCGCGAUCAUGGGUUGUGUACGCAGGAUCAUUGCGGCCCACAUCACGUAUCCCUCGCCUCAUCUUCUUCUGUCGUCCUUACCACGUUUUCUGGACGAGUGUCAAGGUGCAGAUCAGCACAAGGACACGGCGAUGAGGGAGCACUUCCAUAUCAUCGCUGCCAUUCUCAAAGCCCGUCGAAGCGUUGUUCCUCCUCCCGAGCGUCCGCGCAUUCCGGUCACGGCCGAAGAGGAAAGUCAAAGUUACGAUGUAGACGGCUUCGACUGGAAUGACCCGGCUCUUGACGCGGUUCUGGCAAACGUAGCCGCUGAUCCAGUGCCUCAAGAGCCUGAAACCAAGCACAUUACCGCGGAAGAUCAGCCGAAGACACUCACGGCCGAGGAAGCUGCUGCUCUUGAUGGCGAAAUGAGCAAGGCGCUCACUGCACACUACUGGGCCGUGUGGCGUUUCCUCAAGUACGCGGUCAUGCACCAGGGGAUAUCGGAGGAGCUGUCCAACAUCAUCGAUACCUGGGUGGAGGCACACGUUGUCGUCAAGAAAACGAAGCAGCUCUCUUGGGGAGACUUGAUUGAGAAGCGUCUCGGCGUGCUGAAGGAGGACCGCCCAGACUGUGCGAUCUGGCUCGACAUGCGAUUCUGCCUGGCUAUCUUGACGCACGAGCCCAUGGCGUACGAUACAGUCUCUACGACUUCGACUGUCGGCAGCCGGUCGCUGCGUGCUAUGUGUAUGGAGUUGCUUUGGCGCUCCUUCGCAGCACAGCAUGUUACCAUCGAACAUCGAUACCUCGCCGCCAUACUCAAUGUCGAUGGACUUCGUCAUCCUCUGCUUGCGAACUUGCCCUUUGCGCUGUCCGGAAGUGGCGAGUUCAAGAUCUCGGCUGAGGAGUUCUUGCAGCAGCGAUAUGAUGCUGUCGAAGGCGAGUAGGUGUGCCGCUCGUCACGAUCCUCGUGCUGAUUCUGUACAUUAGGAUUGCUACACAACGCAGACUCACUUUGCGAAAAGAACGACCCGGUGGCUGUCGGCGAAGACUACAUAGGAUGCAUCGUUGCGCUUUGCCAAACGGUACGUA